UCCACGCUUCGGUUUGUAAUCUCAAACUCUCCGCUAUCCGGCUCUAUCCGUGCUAUGACUCUCUUGAAUGGACGAGACUGAACAGGCGAUCAGGGCGGCUUGGCUUUGUUAGCCUCGCCAAAGAUGUAAAAAUUAUGAGUCUGCUUAAUCUAACGGAAAACUGCUACCGCAGCGUCCGCUGUCUCAGCUGAAAGGCAUUGUAUUUAUCUGUUGGACGGACCAUAAAGGCGCUGAGAGGUUCGGUGUAACGGUGCAAGUCAUUCAAGAUGAGAACGGCCAUGGCAUUGUGGAUCUGGACAUUUGGAGGCCUUAUCAGUUUCAUGGAGGCAUCGAGGUAUCUCUCGGACUACCGUCACGGUGAGUUCGGAAUAGGGGCGGAAUUACAGCAGCACAACACGGGUACAGGUGGAAGGCAGUACCACGCGGGCUACCCCCAGGGGAGGGGCUACCAGGAGGGUGUGGGGUACCAGGUGUACGACCGCCGUCAUUAUCCACACAAGGCUUGGCCAGGACCAGCGUCUUCAUCUGCCAGUGCCUCAGCGGCGGCUGGAGCAGCCUCAUCUUCAGUCGCGGCUGCAGCGGCAGCUUCCGGUUCGCCAGCGGCAGCCUCGGUGGCGGCAGCUGCAGGUGCUGCCAGCUCCCAGGACAGGCGUCGUGGCUAUCACGAUCGGGCAGACAGGCGAGUGUAUCAGUACCCUGCCCCACGAUACAUUCCACGAGAGUUCGACAAGCAGCCAGCCGUUCAGAGCAGCUACCAUCGAGCAACUUCUAGGCCUGUUUACGUCCAUCCGACACAGGCGCCAUUGUAUGCCCAGCCUCAACAGCCGCCUGUUUACGUGCAACCUACUCAUCCCCCGGUUUACCGCCAGUGGACUCCAGCACCAACUAAAUACCAACCCCCAUCAGAACCACCAAUUUACGUCCACCCAACGCGACCGCCGGUUUACGUCCAACGCACACAGGCGCCAAUAUAUGUCCAACGCACGCAGGCGCCAGUAUAUGUACAACGUACCCAGGCGCCAGUGUAUGUCCAACGUACCCAGGCGCCAGUAUAUGUCCAACGCACUCAAGCACCAGUAUAUGUUCAGCCGGCACCAACAUCACUUGUCUCCAGCACGACAAAGGCAUCCAUUUCUGACUGCAGUUCUUCAACUCUCUGCUUCUGUUGUCGAUGGACGACGAGGUAUUCCCAAACGACACAAACGUGUAAUCAACCUAAACACGUGCCCGCUCAACAGCAGAUAUGUAUGGCGAUCAGAAAUGGGGCUUGUGUUCGUCUUGGUACGGUCUCAAGGUCAAACCAAAUGGGGGGGUUUCCGGCACAGUGCACAUCAACCCGUCGGGAGAGAUCAUGCACGUCUUGCUGCCCUUCAAGAUACGGACAGGGGAUUCCGAGAUGCACCGCGACAGCAUCAGCUGCAGUUCAAGAACAACUACGGCAACAACAGGGGACUAGCUGGUACUCGGCGCAGUCCGUGGGUGCGGCUCGCUCUGCGCCAACUGUUGUCGCCACUGCCGCGGCAUCUGUGGCCGCUCCAGCGCACGAAAGAGGCGCACGACCAACGGGGAUUGCCGGGCAAUCCUUUCCUGACACUCAACAACGAGCUGUGUACCAAUCCGGUCGACUGCAAUCUGUAUCUCACACACAGCAGCAAUAUUCUCAGCCAACCCAGGAAAGAUGGAGCCCUGCGACCCAAGGUAGAUCUUCCAUUGCUAUCUGCUGUUUGACAACAAGAAGGCCAGAGUGUUGCCAGUCCUCAAAACAGCGGAGGCUUCAGAGUUCCGGUCAAGCAAUUUAUCGACCGCAAGCACCACCGACGGACUGCUGCUCCACAACGCGACGACCGGAAUGUUGCGCCAGUUCGAGGCAGCGCGCUCCACAAAGUUCCGUACCGGAGAGAUCUUACCAUCCUGUUUCCAGCGUAGCCCAGCCUUUGUGGCAACCACAGCAACGUCAACAGCGACAGCAGCAGCCGACGGAUUGUUGCUCAACCACCAGGCGGCCUGAGUGUUGUCAAAGCACGAGACGUUAUGGACAACAACCACAGUACCAAAGAAGUCAGCUUGUAGCAUCGGCUUCCACAGCGUGGAGUCAAGGAGACUGUUGCUCCACAUCACGAAAACCGGAAUGUUGCGCUACGAGUCGCGCUGCACUCGGAGUUCCCGUGUCACGGUCCAGGACCAUGUGUUGCGGCAGCUCGCAGCCCAGAGUAUCUUGUUGUGCCAGUUUGCGACUGGCGGAUUGCUGUGGAAGUUCGCGACUUGCACUGUGCUGUAGCGUCACAAAUAACGUCGGCAAAUGUUGUUCUGGAGCCUCUAACUGGGGCAAAUAAACAAUAUACAUCUAUAUUCGGUCUGUGGUUCUUUUACACCGGGGCAUUGGAGUCACUUAGCUUCAUAGAAGCUUGAAUACAAAUGCCAUGACUUCAGAAAAGUCAUUUGUCUGAAAUCUUAUUAAAUCCUGGAUAGAAAAUAUACUCUACACUUUGUUUGAAGGGACGUCCUGGCAUCCCAUCCUCUCCUCUCCCUGUCUCUGUGUGGGCGACUCUGACACAUCGGUACACAUUACUGAAAAGACAACUGUUUAGUCUAUUCAUGAAGGCUGUGUAUAUUUAGAGCAUAUUCGCAUUACGAAUGUGACUUCAUAAACUAAUUAAAUUGAAACAGGAAUUAUA